AUGUCUCGAUCUUUUUAUGUCGAUUCUUUGAUUAUGAAAAGACCAGUUACACAGAGUUUAGGCAGCACUAAUCCUGUGGCUAUACCUAGUGCUUUAAGACAUUCUUUGCCUGCCUCCCAUAUGCUACCGUCUCAUCCACUACCGUGUUAUCCUAGACAUUCGACAGAAAUGUUGAGUUUUUGUUGUCCACUGUGCGUCCACAGUCCAGCGCCAUUAGUACCACAAAGCAGUGCUUCGAUUCCGUCAAAUACACCAACAAGUUUUAUCAGUACAACAGUCACGAGUCUGCAAAACCAGAACUUUAACUUCCAAAAACAAAAAUCAUUGGAACAUAGAAAAUUAAUGCAACAAACAGAAAAGGAAAAACCAUAUUUGGAUAUAAAGAAAAAGUCAAUUUCCAAUUUAGGUGUUACAAGUUCUACAGAGGAUAUCAAUAGCAGUAAGCGUAUCCGAACAGCUUUUACAAGCAACCAACUUCUGGAACUGGAGAGAGAAUUCAGUACCAGUAUGUACUUAUCAAGACUCAGGAGAAUUGAAAUAGCCACAUAUCUGAACUUAUCUGAAAAACAGGUCAAAAUUUGGUUUCAAAAUCGUCGGGUAAAAUACAAAAAAGAAGACUUUGGAGAAACACAAGAGAAAUGUAAUUGUUUAAGGACAUGUACAUCAAAAUCAAGAAAAAGAAAGUUGUCAGGAGGUUCGACAACUGAAUCAGAGGUAUUUCAUGAACAUGAGAAAAGCGAAACCAUGGACGAUUUAUCUAUUUCUUCGGACGACAUGGAAUGUGACCAUUCUUGUAAUACGAAAUAG